UUCUCUUUUGAGUUCUAGAUUCCAAUUCAACUGAAUAAAAGUAAUUUAAAUCGCUUUUGUUUUUGAAAAGAAAACCCUAAAAUCUCAGCGAAAUUCGAGAGGAAAAAAAAGCAGUUGAAAAUUGCAAAACAUGUCGAGAAUCAGAGAUCGAACUGAAGAUUUCAAAGAUGCUGUGCGGCAGUCUGCGAUUUCAUCGGGUUUCAACGAGGCUAAAUUGGCAGCGAUAAUGGCGUCGUUCAUAAUCCAUAAACCGCGGCAAACGUCGCCUUUUACUAAAUCUGCACUGAAAACGCUGGAGAGUAUUGAAGCUUUGGAUCAGUUCUUGCCAAAGCACCGUAAGGAUUACGUUGAUCGUCAUAGAACAACGGAGCAAGAAAGGGACAGCAUUGAACAUGAAGUUACUGCUUUUGUUAAAGCUUGCAAAGACCAAAUUGAUAUCCUCAAAAAUUGUAUAAAUGAUGAAGAGGCAAGCUCGAAGGGGUGGCUGGGAAUUAGGGAUACCUCAAAUGUUGAUACCAUUGCGCACAAACAUGGAGUGGUACUAAUUAUAAGUGAGAAACUUCACUCAGUCACUGCACAGUUCGAUCAGAUGAGAGCCGUUCGUUUCCAAGAUGCUAUCAAUAGAGCAAUGCCAAGAAGGAAACUUAAGAAGUCUGUUAAUUCAAAUUCUGCAGAUGCCUCUAAACCAUACAACAUGGAGCCCACAGAUACCAAGGAUAUUCAACACGAAUCUCUUAGAGUCAAACAGGAAUUACUGGAUGAUGAAACCCGUGCCCUUCAGAUGGAGUUGAGUAGUCUUCUAGAUGCCGCUCAACAAACUGAAACUAAAAUGGUGGAGAUGUCUGCUCUGAAUCACCUAAUGUCCACACAUGUUCUGCAACAGGCUCAACAAAUAGAACAUCUUUAUGAUCAGGCGGUUGAAGCGACAAAAAAUGUAGAGCUCGGUAACAAAGAACUUUCUCAAGCGAUCCAGCGGAAUAGCGGCAGCCGGACGUUUCUCGUGCUAUUUUUCCUCGUCCUCACCUUUUCAAUCUUGUUUCUUGACUGGUAUAACUGAACAAAAUUGUACUUGUUACCAUUUUUCUUUUGUUGGGAGCGACUCGAGUAUUUUUCUCUUUUCAUUUGUAUACUUCGACGCAUAUGGAGAUAUAUUCUUUAAAGUUUUCGAAACA